AUGAAGUAUGCUUGGGUUGCCCACGGCAUUGCUAGGAAGCUCGUAACAUUGAACGCAGUAUUUGUUACCUUCGUUUUUCUUGAUUUCGGCAUUAUCUAUGCGCAAAAUUCAGCUACCCUGGGCAACAUAAAUGACAAGUGUACGAAGGCCACGACGCACUGCAUUUAUAUUUCGCCUCAUCUCAACCAUACGUGCCUCGGCAAUCGACUACCUUAUAAGCUUACCUCCCCGCAUCCCAUUAUGCCUGAAAUAUCUCGAUACAAUCUGGAUGUUUGGACUGCCAUGCGCGCUGUGCCUGCUUGCUGGGACAAACUCCAA